AUGUCCGCCCUGUCACCUCAGCUCGUCCAGGAUGACUCGCCCACUGGCAUGAGUUUUCACGAUGCCAAUUUUUCUGACCCCUAUCUUUCAGCUCCUGUGGACCCCGAUGAGGCCUCUUUUAAAUCGUCUGCUAUAAGGUUAACGCCAGCCAACGAAGAUGACCAUGGCGCCACACUUCCCGCAUCACCUUUAUUUGUACAGAUUCACAAGAAUGAAGACCUUGAAGUUCUCAACGAGGGCCCGGAGGCAUCAUACUCGGACUUUCUUAGCCCUACGGACGAUUUUUCCAGCGAUUUGAGUGCGCAUGCAUCCCCGAGUGCAGAUCUUAUACCUGCGCGACUGGCCGUGGACGGCAAACUCGGGCUGGGUGUCUGGCAGCAUGAUCACGCCUUGGCGCCGAGUGUGCCGGGCCCCGAACCGGUGGGGAAUGGUGCAACCUCCUCCCAAAGCACUGCAGAGCCAUCACAGAUGGUGACGACCAGCAACUCGGACAUUUUCUUAGAAUCGAGUAGUGUCCAAAAUGAGACCAGGCUGGGUGCCACAUCGCGCACUCCCCAGCCUCUCUCAUUGAACACGAACGCACCAACCCGAGCACGAAGUCCCAUUGUCAAGAUUGAAAGUUACUCCAGGGGAGACUCGCCGGCCAGAGAUGCUUCUCCCAUUGGGCGGCGGCGAAGCCUGUCGUCCACACAUCUCACACCCGAUGGCCCGGCCACCGACUCGGAGCCUGAAGACUCAAGGGAAAGGAUUAUUGGUCUCAGCCCAGGUUACUCACCGAUAACCCGGACGCACAAUGGAUCGUGGCUGCCGAAUGCGGGCACAGGCCAGGCUGGUGUUGAACCGCCAUCCCGAGCUGAUAUCUACAUAUCCAGCCCAAAUGAGUUGGAAGCUUGGAGACGAUUGGAAGAGAAGAAUGCUGAUAUCCAGUCAUGGUCGGCCUCAGUCAGCGCUGCAAACAGUGACGCAGAAGAUGAGACUCCCCUCGACAGGGGUCGGAAGCGCCAUGUUGGCGUCCGACGCAGGGCAAAAAGUGCCGGCGACCCUUCUCUUCAGCAAGAUCACUUCAGCCUGAAAUCCCAGUUUCUGGAGCCGGUUGUUCCGGGUCCUGGUCUUCUCCUCCACGAGAGCAGUGAUGGAGAGCUUAGUGAUUAUCGGUCCGGUGAUGAAAGCACGUCCGAUUCGCCUGCAAUCAAUGCAAAUGAAGCAGAGCGGGCAAAGGAAGGUUUAGAGACCCUACCCAGCACCGAGCAGGACAGGCUCGAGGACGAAGAUCCAUCACCCCAUCAGUUCUUAAAAGCGCCGCCAUGGCAGGACACCGAUUGUGACUCAGCUCCUCGCUCGACCCGUGUGCAGCCUCAGAGCUCUAGCGCAGCGAUGGUGGAGUACCAACGACGGGCAAAAGACCUCGACAGUGCAUCUCGUGCGGCUACCUGGGGCACACGACACCUGUUAGAUGCUGACGUCUACAGUGUCAUUGGCCCCGGCGGCUCCUUCGAGAGUCUGUCUAUCAGCAAUGGUAAGAAUAGGAAGCAUGAAAGAAGAAGCAGCCUUCGCAAGUAUCUACCCCGCAACCCUUCUCACCACCUCAAGAGGCGGCUCUCGGAUUUAUCAAUCAUGUCUCCAAGCGCCGAUAGUGCCGGCAAGGGAGAUGAGUUGACCAGCCCUCCAAUGAGGAAGGACAGUUUUCCCCAUCGAAAAUUAAGCCUUGGUCGUUCUCGGUCUCCCAGCCUGAGCACUGGUGGUGCCGUUAUUGCAAUCGCCGGUCAGAUGGCUGCCAUCGGAGGGAAGGAUUCAUUGCGAGUUGCCUCACCAAAUUCGACGCUUAGCCCAUGGCCAACAUUCAAGGGACGUGGACGAAGUAGAAGCGAGCUGCCAAGAGCGUCGUCACCCGGCUUGAUUGACUUGAUGACGAGUCAUGGUGGACCUCCUGUUCCUAACAUCGGAUACUCCCCGCGAGUGAUCGACCGCGGUGUCCAUCUGCAAGGGGCGCCUAAAGUGGGCCAGGCCACUGACGACGCUGACGAUGAAAAUGAUGACUUGCCUGGCGAGAAGGGCUUGGUGAUGCAGUUUCCGGUGCAGUCCCGCCUACCAGUACCAACGCUUGACGGUUUCAAGUCCCAGAUCACCGAACUCAAUCCCCGGCUACCUCCGGCAUUAGUGGAGCGCUUCGCUCAGGAACAGCUUCGUCGGUAUCGCAAAUUAGUCGACAGCAAACAGAACCAUCUUCGGGAUCUAGGGGCACAGAAAUGCGCAUCGGGAAGUUUCUGCUUUGCACAAGGCGGCGAGGCUAAGCUUUUUGCACCCCGUGUGACCGCCAACGAUCCGGACGCAUCAUACACGCAGUUUAACAUUUCGGCCCGUAAUGAGGCUGAUGACGAUGCUCAAAAGCCAGGGGAAAGCACAGUGACUGCGGCACAGUUUCCUUCGGGUGUGCCCUUGCCGCCCGUGAAACGGUUGCCCGCCGAAUUUGAGUGUCCAAUUUGCUUCCAAGUGAAGAAAUUCCAAAAGCCAUCUGACUGGACCAAGCAUGUCCACGAAGAUGUCCAGCCAUUUACUUGUACCUUUCCUCACUGCACUGAGCCCAAAUCGUUCAAGCGCAAGGCAGAUUGGGUUCGACACGAAAGCGAGCGACACCGGAAGCUGGAGUGGUGGACGUGUACCGUUCCGGAUUGCCACCAUACUUGCUAUCGGAAAGACAAUUUCGUGCAGCACCUCGUUCGGGAGCAUAAGAUGCCAGAGCCGAAGAUAAAAAAAGCGAGGAACCCAGGCUCCGGUAGAAAGCGAAAUGACUCAGUAACUCUUGCGAAGGACGCACGAGAGGACAGCAACUUCGAGCAUGAGAUUGAGCAGCUUUGGGAGCUUGUGGAAGGGUGCCGACAUGACACCCCAAGAGGUCCGAAGGAUGAGCCAUGCCGGUUUUGUGGAAAUGUUUGUAGCAGCUGGAAAAAGCUCACCGUGCACUUGGCUAAACACAUGGAACAAAUCGCUAUGCCUGUCUUAGGGCUUGUAAAUGAGAGGGAUUUGUCGCCCAAUGGCAGUGUCAGUGCGAACGGUAAGCCAAAUACUUACGGGCCGGAGCCGUUGUCGAUCUCGCACGAAUCAACCCCCUUUCCCUCACAGUCAAACGGCAUGGACAUUACUUGCUCAGACGAGACGAUGAACGCCACGCAGGCACCAUAUGCCAGCAAUAAUGCUGAUCGGCAGAAUUCUGGGGAGUCUCUGAUGGCUUCCAACCCUAUAUGUUCCCCUAGUCCGAUGACCAUGCCAAGCGGAUGGAUCUUUGCAGAGCCUGAGUCAAUUGACGCGUACCAUGAAAUGCCGCCUGCUGGUCACUUCUCAAGCUUGCCGGAGGGAACUGCAGAUCAGUCGCGCUUCAUGGCCACCCACCAGAAUUCGGUUACGUACCCACCCCCUUUCAACACUGGCCCUCGGGUAAGGGUCGUCAACCCUGAAUCGAGUGUGUUGCAAGAUUCGUACAGGUGGACCAUGUCACCCACGGAAUCGCAGCCAACCUUUGCUGCGCAGAGCUCAGUGUACUCCUCGCCGUCUGCGGAAAACCGGCAUGGCCUUUUAGGAUCCAUGACCCAGACUUAUCCUUUUGCCCGUGGAGGUUACGGCGAGCAGCUAUGA